UGUCUUAUCGGAAAAAUUGAAAGUUGAAAGAAUAACGAAAGGCACUAGUCAAAUUAAGUGAACGUGGAUGAAAAUUUGCAUAACGGCAUCCAACUUUUAUCUGCCAGUAGAUGGUGUCACUAGUCGCAAUGUUUUCAAAACAACAAGCCGAAGGACUGACAAUACUAGUCGAAAUCCGUCAGAGACUUUAUGCUUCUUUAUUGUAAAGAAAAAGGGUGUUAAGUAACCGUAAUGAGCAACCAAGUUAAUGAUCCGGAAACCAUCGCCAGACAGACAAGGUUUGAAACCAAAUAUCUGCGGAAACGAUUUCCAUUACGGUCGGCUGGAGCUUCCACUGAUAAAAAGAAAAGUGAUCAAAAUCUUGCAACACCCAGUACUGCUACUACUCAACGAACUUGUGGGAGCAAUGAAACUGAAGUGAAAGUGGAAGGACUUGACAAUGCAGCACUUGAACGACUAGCUGUAGAAGAAUUAUUGCAAGAAGCUGCAAGGGCCAAGGCUAGAGCUGAAGUUGGAGGCCCGUCAGAAUGGAGCAAAAAACCAGUGAGGGUUAACAAACGAUUUAUGGUCAACUCCCUACUUCAAACAGAAUCACAAAAUAAAAGAAGAAAGGCUGGAACCCCCAUCACCAAGGAGUAGAAUUUUCUUUUGUUUUUCUUUCAGAGCUCAAUGAAACUGCAAAAUACAGACAGUGAACAAUUCAA